UACUUCAAUAUGAAACGAAAGAUGACAACCCUCCGCCUCCAAAGGCAAAGCGAAACAAAAGGAAAGAUAUCCGUCGAUCGUGGGUUCCCUUCUUUGUUUUCACAAACACAAACAAAUUUACAAGCGAUAAUGACUAUCAAGGCACUCUAUUACCUAGAAAAGAUAAAAAUAACAUCUAUUAGUUUCAUCUGUUUUAUAACUGAAUGCUGUAAUAGACAAGAACAUCUGUGCUACUUUGAAAGCUGUUAAAGAAAACACAUCUGCUCCUGG